CUCUCCUUUUAUUCCUCCAAGGCUGUUGCUGGGGGGCAUUGUUAGGUUUUUUUUCUUUGGUCGAGGCGUGGUGGUGCUGCUGCUCCAUCCGUGAUCUAAGCGCUGGCGCUGGCGCGCGGCAGUCGGCGUCGACAUCGGCUGAUCGAUGCGCGGGGCAUUCUGGUGAGCUAGAGUCUCUUGCCACGAAUCCAGAGAGAAUGUAGCGCCCGGCGAUGCUUGCUCCGCUCUCAUUUUCCUCGCUAGAGAUUGCCUGCACGAAAAUCCCUUUCCCUUGCCUCUUGCUCAUCUGUACGACACGAUCGGGAUUCUCAAUUCGUGGAAUUGCGGUAUUCGUGAUCUUUGCAGCUGUCGAGUGGCGGUGAUGAGUCUAUGACGGUGGAGACGUCGCGAUUGCUGUGAAUACCACUGCUGUCGAUCGAGGAAAGAAAAAAAAAAGAGGAUGUGUGGGGGCCCUGAGCACUCGAAGCCGGUCGCAAAGAAUUACAGAAUGAUGCUAGCUGACGACGUCCUAGGCCGCUCGCCACUGUCGCAGCACCCAGAAGCUCUUCUCAAGCCGCCCUUAUUGUGGUCAGACAUGGACAAGGGCUGCAAGGAACGCGAGACCACUCCAUCGCUACUCGAGCUAGCUGCCAACAAUGAUCUGGAAACUUUCAGGAGGGUUGUGGAGGAGGGGGGUAUGGAUUUAGACGAGCCCGAUAGCUGGUACUUGAGGAAAAUUGGGAGCACCAAGAUGGCCACCGAGAAGAGGAGCCCGUUGAUGAUUGCGGCCUUGUAUGGGAGCAUCGACGUUCUGAGCUACAUUCUCAAGUCAGGCAAGGUUGAUGUCAAUAAGUUCUGUGGCGAGGACGAAGUCACUGCUCUUCACUGUGCUGCCGCUGGUGGUUCUUCUCGUGGUGUAGAUGCUGUGAAGCUGUUGCUCUCGGGUGGUGCCAACAGUAGCUUGAUGGAUGCAUACGGUCGUCGGCCAGCACAGGUGAUAGCGGUGCCACUCAAGCUGCGGUCUACGAAGUCUGAAUUGGAGAAGAUGCUGUCCGCAACUGGUACGGCGAGGCACAGCCUUGAUACCGAUUGCAAGGGAGCUCAUCAGAGUAACGGGGGUGGCGCUUUCUCCUCAUCAAAGCUGGACGACGACUCCUUCGCAGAUACGAGAGAAGGUUUCGUUUCAAUGUCGUCCAUGUCUUCGGUUUGCUCGUCUCCGGACUCGUACUCUCCAGUUUUCUCGCCCCAGUUCCCUUCGUCACCCAAGUCUGCGGAGAAUCCAAGUGAUGAGAAGACGAAGGACUAUCCAGUCGACCCGUCACUGCCGGACAUCAAGAACAGCAUCUACACCACGGAUGAGUUCCGGAUGUUCUCCUUCAAAGUCCGGCCGUGUUCCAGAGCCUACUCGCACGACUGGACAGAGUGCCCGUUUGUUCAUCCUGGCGAGAACGCCCGACGAAGAGAUCCGCGACGGUUCCACUACAGCUGCGUGCCAUGCCCAGAUUUCCGGAAGGGUGCGUGUCGACGGGGCGAUACGUGCGAGUACGCGCAUGGAGUUUUUGAGUGCUGGCUCCAUCCAGCGCAGUAUAGGACGCGGCUUUGCAAAGAUGGUACCAGCUGCAGCAGGAGAGUGUGCUUCUUUGCGCACACCUCGGAGGAGAUGAGACCGCUGUUCGUCUCGAUGGGAUCGGCAGUGCCGUCGCCGAGAGCCUCGUCGCCACUGGAUGCCGGCUCCGUCAGCCCGCCACUCUCUUCAACGUCCCAGUCUCCAGUUAUCAUGGUGCCACCUUUCUCUCCAUCGAAUGCUUCCGGGAGCGGACUUAGUACUCCUCCACUGUCACCGUCCGGCGGAGGUUCCUGGUCGCAGCCCACGGUCCCGACGCUUCAUCUUCCCGGAGGUGCCGGACUCCAAGCUAGCCGGCUAAGAGCGGCUCUCAGUGCCCGAGACAUCCCGGUGGAGGGGGCCGACUACGACGGGCAUCUGGCACCUGAGCUAUCUUCGAUGUCUCGGCAGAGCUCACUGCUGAGCUCCAGUGCCCGCAUGCACAAGUUUGGCAACUUGGGUCUGAGCAUUCCCUCCACCAGCUUACAGGACUUGUUCUCGGCGGAGGUGUCGCCUUUGUCAGCCGUGCACCAGUCGCAGCUCACGCCGCAGGAGCACUCGCUUCUCUCCCAGCAGCUGCAUUCUCAGCUCCAGCUCCAGCAGCUCCUCUCCCCGCUGUCAACGAUGUCACAGCUCCAGAGUCACGUUAGUCCGCAGUUCCAGAGCCCGGUGCAAUCGAUCUUCAGUGCGGGGUCGCCGUGCUCCAUGGCUCGAAGAUGUUCAGACGGGACUGAUCUAAGCACCUCCACGGCCGCGGAGGUGUUGGCAGCGGGACGCAAAGCCUCCGCGUUUGCACAGCGGGAUAGAGGGAGCUGGAGUAUGAAGGAGGUGUCUGGAUCGUCGCUACCAUCGGCUUCGUGGUCCGACUGGGGGUCUCCCACUGGAAAGCCAGACUGGGGGAUACAAGGACAGGACUUGGGCAAGUUCCGGAAGUCGGCCUCGUUUGCUACUCACGGUGGACCGGAGCCGGAUCUCUCGUGGGUGCAAACUCUGGUGAAGGACGGUCCUGUGGAGACGACGUCGUCCUCUUCCACGGACGAGUUCUAUGCUUCCUGGCCGAAAACCGAGCAGCAGCAGCAGCAGCAGCAGCAAUAGACGAAGGUAUGGCGAGAAAUUUUUUUCUUCCAUUUUGAGUUUUCGUAGUUUGGUUGGCUCCGAGGAGGGAGUGUCAGUGUCCGAUGCGAUGGUCGAUCGAAAACUCGAUCGAUCGUCGCGGAGGAGUUGGAACAGGGAAGGAUCCGGCAGGGGAAGAUUUUCUUGACAGAUUUGUUCUUGGAUCGAUGAGAGAGCGCUCCGAGAAGAUCUUUUAUCGAGGACUUGGUUGUACAGGUAACAACACCCAACAACGUAUACUACUCAUCUCUUUAUUCUAUAGAGAAGAGCGGCAUCUUCUUCUUCUUCUUCGAUUUUAUCUAAUGACUGCAAACGUGGAUCACGUCGUCGACAAGAAUUUGCCUGGGACAAUUUUUUGGUUGGAUUUAUUUUUUCUCCUUUUUAUUUUUCAAUUUCAUUUGGUUAAAAGACAAUGUAGUUAACACUUUGGAUUCAUUGUGAAUUAGAUCUUUGGAUUUGUAAAGAUUUGGCAGAUCACACAAUAAAAUUGUAAGCUUCAUUGCGCAA